AUUAGCAACCUGUAGCUAACGUUGGCAGCGACAGGAGCUCUUUGUGCACUUGUGAGCUGAACUAAGCCGGUGUGUGUGGGGAGGAUGAUGGGCAGGCUGGCCCGUUUGCACCCUGGAAGCUCCGCCCGUUAGCCGUGCGUCUCCUCCUCAGCCCUCAUUCAAAACAGAGCACAGCUGUUGCGAGGCGCAUCGUCGUGUCCCGAGCGUUAGCCUAAAAACUGUUAGCUGCCCGCCGCCUGCUGAUGUCCCCGCUGGAAUAUCAGGAGAAUACGGAGGAAAACCGCGCACUUCGUAAACAAAAACGUCAUGUCGCAUAUCUAUUGCUUGCCAACAGAAACUGUGUGAGCGCCUGGAGGUUUCACUAAAGCUCACUUGACAGCAGGAGCCAGCCUCAGAGAAAGACAGGACUCGAUAGACAGAGAGAGGAACACAGAACAAAAGGCUAACUUCACUUCCAGCACUAUGCGCAUCUGACACACAUCUGAGGGCCAGGCCGGCUUUGCUACAGCUGAGGAUGAUGAAUGAUCUCCUGAGCUAGAGCUAGAUGGUGUGCAAAUGAUGGACCUCCCUAAUGGCCAAUCAAGCAUCACCACCAACGCUGCAACAAUCUCUGAGAAGAGCAGCAGCUCAGAAUCUCUCAGUGAUAAGGGAUCUUCGGAGCUGAAGAAGAGUUUUGAUGCUGUUGUGUUCGAUGUGCUGAAGGUCACUCCAGAAGAAUAUGCAGGCCAGAUUACGCUCAUGGACGCUCCUGUGUUCAAAGCCAUCCAGCCAGAGGAGCUCUCAAGUUGUGGCUGGAACAAGAAGGAGAAGCACAGCUCUGCCCCUAAUGUUGUGGCCUUUACCCGCAGGUUCAACCAGACGAGUUUCUGGGUGGUACGAGAAAUCCUCCAUGCGCAGACGUUGAAGAUCAGAGCCGAAGUGCUGAGUCUGUAUAUUCGCACUGCCAAGAAACUGUGUGACAUAAACAACCUCCACGCGGUCAUGGCUGUGGUGUCAGGGUUACAGAGUGCUCCCAUCUUCAGGCUUACCAAAACAUGGGCGUUACUGAGUCGGAAAGACAAGGCAACAUUUGAUCGGCUCGACUACUUGAUGUCCAAAGAAGACAACUACAAACGCCUGAGAGACUACAUAAGCAGCCAGAGCAUGGUCUCCUGUAUACCAUACCUAGGGAUGUACUUGUCUGAUCUGACAUAUAUAGACUCAGCCUACCCCUCCACGGGCAGCAUACUGGAGAACGAACAGAGAUCAAACCUGAUGAACAACCUUCUCAGAAUCAUAUCAGACCUGCAGAGAUCUUGUACCUACGAUAUACCAGUGUUGCCUCAUGUACAGAAGUAUCUCAACUCAGUCAGGUAUAUCGAGGAGCUACAAAAGUUUGUGGAGGACGACAAUUACAAGUUGUCACAGAGGAUUGAGCCAGGCACCAGCACACCACGAGCAAACGCCUCCAAAGAGGAUCUUGCCGGCCAGGAAGCAUCAGCUUCUCCUCUCUGCGGCCGUAAGUGUACAGUAGCAGCUGAAGGAACCAAAGUCCCGGCGACACCUCCGUCCCCCAGGAACCUGCUGCCCUACGGACACAGGAAGUGCCACAGCCUGGGCUACAAUUUUAUCCAUAAGAUGAAUACAGUGGAGUUUAAAAGUGCUACGUUCCCCAAUGCUGGUUCUCGCCACCUAUUGGAUGACAGCGUGAUGGAGAGCCACAGUCCCACCAGAGGACAAGCAGAAAGCUCAACUCUGUCCAGUGGCAUUUCUCUUGGUAGCAGCGAGGGCUCCGAGCUCAGUGAAGAGGUGUCUUGGCCAGCGUUUGAGAGGACUCGGUUCUAUCACUCUCUGGGCCCAGUGACCCGAGUGGCCCGGAUCCCCUACAGAGGAGUCCUGAGGCCCAGCAGCUCGGCUGAGUCAGAGGAGCUUGCGGUUCACUUAUAUCCUGGAGCGGUCACAGUGCAGGGGGUGUUGAGACGGAAGACUGUGCUCAAGGAGGGCAAGAAACCAACAGUGGCAUCUUGGACCAAAUACUGGGUGGCUCUUUGUGGAACCCAGCUCUACUACUACCCUGCCAAGUCCCUGAAGGCCACUGAGAGAAAACAUUUCAAGUCCACGUCCAGUAAGAGCGUGUGUGUGGUCGGUCUAAUGGCCAUGAUGGCAGACGAUCCCGAGCAUCCGGAUGUUUUCUUGCUGACAGACUCAGAGCAUGGUAACACCUACAAGUACCAGGCGGGGAACAGAAUGAACGCUUUGCUCUGGUUCAAACAUCUGAGUGCUGCCUGUCAGAGCAAUAGGCAACAGGUGCCAGCCAAUCUGAUGUCUUUUGAGUGACCGUUGCCGAGGAGUUCGACAGCACAGAGGAGAGAGAGAGGAUGAGGAAGCAGCCGAGGAUGAGGAUGAGGAGGAGCACUGACUCAGUAGUGGGAGCUUUCACUGCCAUGAGCCCUAACCGCCGAUUCUCCGAUUCUAGCCCCGGCCUCACUGCAGCCUCACCUGCCACCACUGCCUUAACAAGAGUUACCCUGUGUGUGUGUGUGUGUGUGUGUGUGUGUGUGUGUGUGUGUGUGUGUGUGUGUGUGUGUGUGUGUGUGUGUGUGUGUGUGUGUGUGUGUGUGUGUGUGUGUGUGUGUGUGUGUGUGUGUGUGUGUGUGUGUGUGUGUGUGUAUAUAUGUGUGUGUGUGUGUGUAUAUAUGUGUGUGUGUGUGUGUGUGUAUAUAUGUGUGUGUGUGUGUGUGUGUGCGUGCGUGCGUGUAUGUGUGUGUGUGUGUGUGUGUGUGUGUGUGUGUGUGUGUGUGCGUGUGCAUGUGUGUGUAUGUGUGUGUGUAUGACUGUUUUGGAUGUACUGACUACUGAACGAGGACCUGCACCACUGCUCUCGUCUCCCAUUUGCUCUCAGUGUCUUUUGUUCAGCACUUCAGUGGAGCCCUUUGACCUCUCCUCUCUCACAGACAAACUGUCCUCAGAGGGGCAGAAAUAAUCCUCUUCUUUAUUACUUUUUUUUUCAAGGGGUUGACUACUUUCAUUUGAAUCCCCACCAUGCUCGAAUGCAAGAUUCCCACCUCUUAUUCAGCUGGUUGCACAAUCACAGCACGCACACUCACAUCGGACUAACCCACUGGACUCGGGAGGGUUUUGAAAACACCUUUUUACUUACUUGUUUCAUACUUUGAAUUGUUGGUCUCUUCAGUAACUUGACUAAACGUCACACGAUUAUUGACAUGAGUCACACACACUCACAUACUACACACACAGUCACAAGCCUAUUUGAUUGCAUCGUUGUAAACGUAAGGGCUCUGAUUUGCAAUCAAUUCCAGCAGAAACAAUUCCCACACUUCCUGAAUGUGUUUAGUUUUUAUUACCAGAAUUUAGCCCGUUUUUUGUCAAGUGUCGUGUAUGUAUGCUGUGUGUGUGUGUUUCUGUAACUGCAUUGGAUGAGGGGGUUGUGGUGGGGAUCCGCUUAAAUUAGAGGAAUCUUAUCUGUGUUCCACAUAGGUACGAUAAUCCCAGAAUCUAAGCUAAGACCUGUUCAUAGCUGGGAAGACAAGAGUUUCUCCGUUUCAAACUUGCAUUUCUUUGUUCUCCCAUGUUGUCUGCUCUCCGUCGCCUGACGUCAGCUUUCAAAGGCAACACUUGGUUCACCGGACUCACACAUGCAAAACACUAAAGACUUGAAACUGUGAAAGAGUCGCAGAUUGAGAGCGACAAGAACUCACGACACGUGGUUUUAUCUCCUCUUCUGUUUGUUGUUUGAUAUGGUUGGAUCCUCUGGUCUGGAGCAGACACUCAAAGCUACCUGGAGCCAUACAGAGUCUAUUUUAAAUCUUAUUUGUUUAUGAUGUUUUGUGUUGUUAGUUUCUUCUCCUUUUUUUUUUUUUUUGGGAGGGAUGGUGCAGUUCACAGUAUUAACAUGUAGUAGAUCGAUGGCACGGUAAUGGUUUAUAGUUUUGUCUGUUACAUUUGAAUGUUACAUUUUUGUUUUUUCCCUUUGGGAGCAUUUAUUAUUUUUAUGUUCACGUGAAUUUUUUUUUUUGCCCGACAUACUGGUAACCAGGACCCAGUUCAAUUUUAGGCCCAGAUAAUGUUGCAUCUGAUUUGGAAACGGCAUAAAGCACCUUGGUUAUAAUUAGUGCCAAGCCACGCUACCGUGAGGUUGAAGAAAUACCAGGAAGCUGCAGUGAAAUUAGACAAAGCUGCUGGUUUGCUUCAGUGGGAUUUACAGUUUCCACUAUGCAUUGCAGAUGUGUUUGUGUGCCACAGAUAGACUGUUGCUAUUUGUUUUUGUGAAAACAUGAGCAGGAUGAUGGUUAUGACGACGACGAGGUGCUUUUCGCCCAACAAUACUCAAGCAUCGAAUUAGAUUUUUUUAAACAGCUGUUUACAUUGUAUGUUUACACAGUCUUUUCCCUGAUAUCACAAUCCCUUCUCUGCUCCACGUGUACUGUAUUUAGUAUCAAACAUUGUGUAGACACAAAUGUCUGGCCUACCAGUUAAACUCAAAGCUAGUUUCAGGCUGUUGAUGAUCAGAGAGAUGGGUGAACAUAUCCACACUCACAGCACUGAUUCCUGUCUGUCGUUCAGUCUGCCCUCCAGGCUUAAGCCCAGUUCAUGUCUUCAGCACAGCAUAUUGUACAAUCUAACAAUCCAACUAGGCUAGCUUUGUUUAGUUCAGAUAAAAAUUACAAACUGAAGUCAAUUUAAUCUCUAAAGAGACGCUCAGUCCUUUGUAUGUUGACUAAAAGGAGACAUUGUGGUGGAUGUACCUGUGGAGGAAUGAAUGAGGAAGCCAAAGACAGGCCUGUAUAAUGUGACAGUCACUGCAAGUAUGUGUGUGCAUUUUUGUGCCUGUGCGUACUGCUCUAUUUUUUUUUAAAAGCAUUGUAAUUCAAGCCAGAUUAGGCAAUUCCUCAAGGCUGCCAUCACUGCUGAGCAGUGGGGGGUAACCAGCUACCUAAUGGAGGGUGUGACUGACUCCUCGCCGGGGGGGUUUUGUACCGGAAGUAUGACGAGUGGUUCCUUCAGAUUGAAAUUGAACUCAUCUGUCUGCAUCCACCAUGGCUGAAGUUGCAUAAUGGAGCAGAGAAAAUCCCAGAGUGAAGCGCUAUGGAGGCGCACUGGUCUUUGAAUACUACUGGUUGGCCGAAAAGACUAAAGAGGGCUGCGAAUGAAAUGGCUGAGACAGAGUUCAGGCUGGGUGGUUGAGAGACUGUUUACCCGUGUUUAUGUGCAGAUGCUGGUUACUCUCUCUUAACCUGACAUUCAGACAAGCUUAACCUGCCAUUAUUUGCAAUGUAUUGACUGCGUUGGUCCAGCUAAGCAAGAAUUAAAGCUACAGACUUUCAGGGUCUGCAGGAAGGACUGUGUGCAGAAGGAGCUGCCAUGUAAACAAACCCUGUCUAGACAGUCCCCAUCACGUUUCCCUUCUUUGUAUUUGCUUUAUCUGAUGUUAAUUAAGAAUGAUGAAAGAAAAAGACAAAUGAAAUGGUAACAUAUGCAAUCGAUGUCGACUCCUGAGUUGAAAGUUUUAUAAGUAACCUGACCAGAGAAGUGCUUUUGGGGACGUCAGGGAAGGUUUAUUUGAAUUCAUUUUGGGUUUAACAAUCUUUCUUUUUGAGAAAUACCCAAAUCAUAUUGAGCUCUUUUAGUGAGGAAAACCUCACUGUUACCUGAGUUUACAUGAUUUUCUUUUUUUUAUUAUCAUUUCUGUACAGUGCAGGGUCAAAAUGAUGGAAACACAGAUGUUUUAGUCCAGUCAUUUCUUGGAUUUGAUACCAGUCACUACUAACAUUAUCGCCCAUUUGGGUGAGAGCGGAAAAUUCAAAUGUCAGCGACUCUUCAUUUGAUUAAAAUGUUUGGUUUUUAUGAAGAAACUUGAUACCAUGUGCUUGAAAAAAAAAAUCCCCUUCACUGCAUUACAAGCUCGUGUUUCCUUUAAACUGGCCAUACUGUCUGUAAAUGCACAAUUUGACCCUGUGUGAACCAUUUCAAGUGAAUCGCCUUCUGAAUUCAGUCUUCUUUUUUUAUUGGUCAUGUAAAAAUGUUUAACAGUCGAGAUGAAGGGUUUCAACCAGAGGAAGUGUUAGUUCAUUCUGUGAUUCACCGUUUACCACGGACAGCAGCAACAGAAGCAGCCUUCGUUCAAGCCAUCGAAGUUGAUGGGGGUGAUGUGUAAAUGUCCUUCACCUGCCUCUGAGUGUGUCUGUCUCUGCCUGUGUCAUGACUGUCGGCGAGCGCUUGUGACCUCACUUCUGAGUGAUGCGCCGCCAAGUGUGAAGACUGAGAACCAAUAAACACUCAGCCCUUUUUUACUCCA